AGUCAUCGCGUAGAUCGACGUCAGCGUACGUGUCCGUUUGCGCCGCUGUGGCAGGAAAUUUCUUGUGAAAGUAUUAUGGAGACUUUAUUCAGUGUUCCGUUUGCUGUGCUGGAGUGUCCGAACGUUAAGCUGAAGAAGCCGUCAUGGCUGCACAUGCCGUCGGCCAUGACCGUGUACGCGGUGGUCAUCGUGUCCUACUUUCUCAUAACGGGAGGAAUAAUCUAUGACGUCAUUGUAGAACCACCAAGUGUAGGUUCAAUGACUGAUGAACAUGGACACCAGCGGCCAGUCGCCUUUUUGGCAUACAGAGUGAAUGGGCAGUACAUUAUGGAAGGACUGGCUUCCAGUUUCCUCUUCACAAUGGGAGGUCUGGGAUUUAUAAUCCUGGAUCGCUCCAACGCACCCAACAUUCCCAAACUGAACCGCUUCCUGCUGCUCUUCAUCGGGUUCGUCAGUGUCCUCCUCAGCUUCUUCAUGGCCAGAGUGUUCAUGCGCAUGAAGCUGCCAGGAUACCUCAUGGGCUAAGACCACAAACAGAAGCGAUGAAGAAGUUGGCGUCCUACAUGUAACGUGUUUCCAAAUCAGAAAUAAUGGAAGGAACCGCCAGCACUGAGCCCGGUCUAGAAACUGGACUGAACUACAGCGACCGCGCUGACUUCCUCUCUGUUAGUGUUGUUAGGCUGUGCAGAAAUCUAUAACCCUCACCGUUUGUUCAUGCUGAUUUGUGUUACCACUUGUCGUAUGUUUUGACCAACCUAAAGCGUUAACUGCAAAUGAAAAAUGCAGAAUAAGGAACGGAAAAGUAAGUUACAUUAAUUCUAAGGAGUCUUUAACGCAAAAUGAGGCAUCUACAGAUCAUCCAGAUUCACAUUUAGCAGUAAAGUUUAGGUCCACAGAUUUUGUAUGGAACAAAUUGAGUUAACGGAGUCCUUGAACCUUUCGCAAUUUGUUUUCUACUAGAUUGUGAAAUAAAAUUCUUUUCACAAAA